AUGUCGGCCUCCGUCUUCGUAGCCCCCAACCGCCGCGGCGACGCGUGGUUUUCCGUCGGCCUGGCAUCCUCGUUCCCGAACCACGCCGAGUCCGGCAGCGAGGUCUUGUCCGACCCUCGGCCCUGCGGCGGCGGGGAGUCCGGCGCCCCCGGGUGCAAGGUCUUCCAGGUGCCCAAGGACGACGCCGCACUCGCGAGCGAGGUCGAGCCGUCCGCGGUGGAAGAGGCGGAUUUCCGGGCCCGCGACCUCAGGGAGCAGGUCCUCAUCUUUCAGUACAAGGGGAAGUUCCAUGCUGUCAACAAUCAAUGUCCGCACUCGGCUUUCCCGCUGUCCAAUGGCACGCCGUUUGAUAUCGAGGACUUUGGCGUCGUACUCAGCGCCGGCAUCUCGUGCCCCAAGCACGGGUGGUCCUUUGAUCUGUUCUCUGGCCGCGGCGACAGGGGCAAUUACCGGCUGAAGCUUUGGGAGGUCCAGCUCAGGCCUGUGCCGGGGAGGCCGGCUGACGAUGAAGAGCGCGAGGUCUGGGUCAGGAAGAAGCAGAGAAUGGGAUGA